AUGUUUGAUGGCAAAAUAGAAAACAUGGAAGGACUAUUUAAAGCUUUACAAUCGAAAAAAUUUGGGAAUUUGGCCAAAAACCUACAGGAAUCGAUACUUCAAUCUACGGUAUCUGAAAAUGGUGAUACAAUAACGAUGGGUAGUUUUGAGGGUAAAAAUGAAAGAGAAGGUAACUUACUACAAGGUACUAUAAAACCGAAAUUUGAGGGCAGAGACGAUGCUAUUGAAGAUGUUAUAGUAAAGGGAAAUGAACUUAAGGAUGACAAAGAAGGAAAGAAUGCAAUAAAUAAUGAAAAAGAAGAAAAGAAAGAACAAGAAGAUAAAAAUCAAGACAUAGAAGAAGAAAGCACAGAAAACCAUAAAUUUCAAGAAGGUACAACCUCCAAAGCUUCGUCAGAAAUUAAUCUCUUGAAGCCUACUACAAGUUUAAUAACUGAAAAAAAGUCUACAGAACUCACAAAAGAGCCUACAAAACCACCAUCCACAUCCAUAUCCUCACCUACGCAAAAACACCUUCCAAACACUGCCCAGCCUUCUACAUCUACUCUAAACUCUCUAAAGUCUCAUCUAGACGAAGUGAAGAAAGAGCUUCGUCGAUUUGCUAAAAAGAAGCCUAACGACAAAGUAAAGCUUCAUGAUGACAAAUGUAACAAAGCUAAUUCAAAAGAAGACGGUAAAGACGACAAAGAAGAGCAUGGCAAAAUGAAAAACGUUAAUAAAGAACAAAAAUCAACCCAAAAGCUGUCGGAAAAACAAAAAAUGGACCCGAAAAUGCUGGCCGAAAUGACAAAAGCUCAAAUGUUGUUCUCCAUUUUGAAUUCUUCACCAAAUCAAGGUAGAGUAAUGUGUGGAGUAAUGUAUUGUUCGUAA